AUGUCUGGGAUGAUGAUGCUUUCACUUGUUGUUCUCCUGGUUUUUCAUGUUUCUGCUUCAUGGGCAGCCUCAGCUUCUGUCUAUGACAACUUUCUUCAAUGCCUAAACACCAACACAAACCCAUCAUCAACCCAAUUGUCCAACAUAAUCUAUGCCGAAAACAACCCUUCAUACUCGUAUGUUCUAAGAGCCUACAUCAGAAACUCAAGGACUGUGACUGUAGACAUUGAGGACAGCUCGGUAUGGGUUCAGGCUGGAGCCACACUUGGAGAAUUGUACUAUAGGAUUUCAGAGAAGAGCAAAGUUCAUGGCUUUCCUGCUGGUGUUUGUCCCACAGUUGGUAUUGGUGGGCACAUAAGUGGUGGUGGCUGCUAA